AGGAGGAGGAGGAGGGAAGAGGAGAGGUAGAUGUAGAGGAGACAGAAGGAGAGGAGGAGGCGAUAGAGGUGGAAGGAGCAGCCAAAAUGGUGGAGGAGGACGAGCAGACAGAGCAGGAGACUGUGACUGAGGAGGCUGGAGGAGAGAAGGAGCGAGAGGGGGAGGUGGAGGUGGAAGCUGAGGGAGGUGAGGGGUUAGGUGGGGAGGUGGGGGUGGAAGACUAUGAGGAAAUGAAUACUACUCAGUCGGUAGUGGGGGAGCCAGUCGAAGAGGAGGGAGGGAAGGAGGUGGUGGUGGGAGGAGAGGGGGAGGAGGGAAGGAUGGAGGAAAGUGUGGUGGUUGUGGAGGAGGAAAAGGCUGGAGCUGAAGUAAUGAUUGGGGAACCAGGGGGUGAGACGAUAGGGGGAGAGGAGGAAAGGGAUGGAGAGAGUGUGGAAGAGGAGGAGGGAGAUGAAGGAGUGGUGGUAGGAGCUGCAGACCAGCUGGGAGGUGAAGCAGGAGGAGGAGAAGGAGGAGAGGCCGUUGAAGAGGAGACACCAGCAACCAGUCAAACGGAGAACCAAGAAGUGCUGCUGGACCCAGGUGAGAGCUCCAUGAGAUCCAUACCAGGCGAUUCUCAGGACCCCGCUAGCCCACUCAGCCCCCACCAUCCUGGGGGAGAGACGGAGAGCAACACCAUGAGAGGGGAGGAGAUCCUGGAGGAUGUGGAUCUGGAGUCGAACGACGCCAACAAGAUCAUCACGUUUAAGGACAACCUUUUAAACUUUGACCCUGAUGAGGCCACGUCAACGCUGGAUAACUUUGUGGAGGACAUUCCUGCCAUGGCCAAUGAGGAGGAGCCAGGAGAGACCAAUGAGGAGGUGGAGGUCACUACAGGCGCUGACAACUCAGAAUCAGGUCUGGAAGCCUGGAAGAUAGGAGCCAUCUCUGCUGCUGUGUUUCUGGUCCUGGAGACCAUCGUCAUCAUUGUCUACGUCCUCAAGUGUCGUGACAAAACUAACAGCAGCCCAGCGAGGCUGUGUGAGGAGGGGCGUGUGGAGGUGGAGACAGGUACAGCACUGUGUAAUGAAGAUACUCUACCAGCCGGAGAUGAAGAAUGCCAACAAAUUGCUGUUCUGGACCCGUGGGAACUGGACCCCUCUCAAACCCAACAGCAGCUGCAGCAGGAGGAGGAUGAGGUAGAAAUGAAGGAUCUACAGCUCACCUCCAUAGAGGACCUGACCAACAGACCAGUAGAUCCCUCACAUGAUGUCCAGACUUCAGUUCUAUAGAUCUACACAGACAGCUGACACUCUCCCUCCCUCUGUUCCUGUGUCCCUCUCCCCCUCUCUCCCUCCCCCUUGAUCCUGUGUCCCUCUCCC